AUGAUAAAAGAAACUAAUGUCGAUGUACAAAUGCAUCUGAGACAAAUCCUUCAGUCGAUUCACGACAACCCGCAUUUUGUAGCUACAAGAGGCCCCAAGGAGAGGGCUGAGAUGGAUAAAAUGUUGCGCGCUUUUAUUUUUCGAUACCUCUAUUACUUGAUAUCCAAAAAUGGUGAACAUUUACCACUGUUGUUCAAUGCUACUUCACGAGAAAAGUUCCCAAACUCUUUGGAGGAUGCGAUCAAUGUCGAAAGUGCAGCAAUGUCCAAAAAUGAUCCCUUCUAUGUGAUUGAUGAUUCGGUGGCUCAUAUGAGCUACAAGCACACGGGCCGGAACUGUGGCAGGAAAUUUCAAAUAGGAGAGCCCAUUUACCGUUGUAAGGAGUGUAGUUAUGAUGAUACGUGUGUUUUAUGCAUUCACUGUUUUAACCCUAAUGAUCACGUCGAUCAUCAUGUAUAUACUAGCAUCUGCACUCCUGUUAAUAAUGGUAUUUGUGAUUGUGGUGAUAAGGAAGCUUGGCAUGUCCCACUCCACUGUAAAGCAGAAGAUGAAGAGAACGACUUCGAUUCCGAUGAUGUUUUUCAAACGGAAGAAAUGAUCAAUUUAUUCGAAGUAAUUCUUACUGAGCUAUUUGAUCACUUUAUUGACGUUUUCAAUCAAAACAUUGAGCCUUUGCCUACGAUUCAAAAGGAUGUGACCAUGAAGCUUCGUGAAAUGGUUCAACAGGGAAAGCUCUACGAAAGAGCAAUGUUGCUUAAAGAUUUGGCUUACGCAAAUCCAUAUAUUGAGAAACAGCGCGAGAAGCUACGCACUUCAUCUCCUUCAUUUGACGAAAGCUCUAUGAUGGAUCACGCAGAUUAUACUGUGUUGAUCUACAACGAUGAGUAUCAUAACUACACCCAGGCAACAGCUGCUCUCAGACAGGGAAUACCUGAUAAUAAACACACUGACUUACUUACCGCAAGGAUAGAUGGCGAAGGACGUGCAAUGCUAAAGUGUUCUCAUGAUUUAUCUGCGGUGGUUGGUGGCUUCUUUGCUGUACAAACAAAUGGCCUUAGCGCGACAUUAACGACAUGGUCCGAGUAUAUUCACCAGGAGACAUGUAAAUAUAUCAUAGCAUGGAUAAACCAUUGUCUGACUAUACCACAGGCCACUUUUCAAAAGACUUUCAGGGACGCGAUGGGCAAAGUUUUAUGCUCAACGUCAGAACGGGCAGGCGAAAUGGUUGAUAUGAGUAUUACUGUAGACAAAUACUUCGGUAAUAGGUUCGGAGAGGAUUAUCCAUACAAGUAUGCUGAUCUGUCGGUCCUCGACAGGCAUAACACAAUUCCAUUAAGUCAUCAUAAAGUCCUACCAGAAAGUGAGACCAAUUACAUUUCUCCAACUUUAAAUGGCGUUCAACAACCUAAGGACAAACACUAUCUGAACUCCAGACUCCAGAAAAUUUUGUUUUUCGAUAACAGAUACUGGAAACGGUUAAGGAAGGACGUUCAGGAUAUGAUUAUUCCCACUUUAGCGUCAAGUCUUGAGUUCAAGCCUCUCUUCUGCUUUCAUUUGGUGGAAAUUUUCAAUCACAUGACAAGGUCGGUAGCAUUUAUGGAUAGAGAACCACAACUGACUGCCUUGAGAGAAAGCGUGGUACAAUUAUUCACUUGUCCUACAAAUGCUGCAACCAUAUUCGAAAAUGGGAGCUUUACGGACAUAAUGUGGUCAGUGAUUGAUAUAUUUACUGAAUUUUGCAAAGUUGAAGGGGGGCUUCUGAUAUGGCAACGUGUGCAGAAGAGUAAUCCUACCAAGAGCUAUAGCAUAUCCUUUAAACAAGGCCUCUAUGCUGUGGAGACAAUUUUGAGUAAAAUCGGAAACCCUAAUUUCAUACUGAAGCCCACAGACUUUAUUUCAAUUGUGACGUUAUGCAAACUCUUCAACGGAGCUUGGAAGAUCAAAAGAAAGGAAGGGGAGCACGUCUUAAGAGAAGAUCAACAUUUCAUUCCGCAUUUGGAAUACACAACCUCGAUUUAUAGCAUUGUCCAAACUAUCGAUAAAGUUUUGGAGAAUUCACGUGAUUCGGUUGACGAGGGAAUGCUCCUGAAUGCUAUCAGACUGCUAAAUACAUUCUUGGGUACAAGAACUCUUCCUUAUAAAAUUGUUUUUGGCUCACACGAAGUCGUUAAGUUCAAAGUAAGCAAGCAGCGUGUGGCAUUUAUGAAUCCCGUUCACACCCUUUUGUCCUUUUUGAUUGAAAAAGUACCGCUAAGGAAGGCAUUUGAAGCGAUUUCUGCGUGCAACGACUUCCUGACCAUAUCUGAUUUCCCAUUAAGAUCGGUUGUUUUAUGCUCUCAGAUUGACGUUGGGUUUUGGGUUAGAAAUGGUAUGUCUGUGUUGCACCAGUCAUCCUAUUAUAAGAAGAAUCCUGAAAUGGCGUGUUAUAUUCGGGAUAUUCAUUUGAAUCAAAUAGCCUUUUUGAGGGAGAAGAACGAUCUCAUUAGGUUAACUUACAACAUGCUGGAUAGAUGGGAAUUGUUGGAAUGGUUUGGAGGUGAAGAAGACUUUUUGCAUACCGUUUAUGAGGAUAAGAUUGUUCAUAUUUUGCAGCAGUUCAUUGCAUUCGUUUACCAGUUACUUUCAGAGCGACAAUCAUUCAAGAAGUUUAAGUCUGCGGAGGACAAAGAGUAUCAUCAAAUUAAAAAUGCAAUAAUAUAUGGCCUUUACACGGAGCCUCUUUCUUAUUCGAGCUUGUUGAAGGCUGUGCCGGAUUACCUGACAGAAAUUACUACUCAAUUUGAUAGAGCAUUGGAGGAGGUUUCUAUAUAUGUGGAACCACGAGGUUUGGAGGAUAACGGUGUUUUCAGGCUUAAACAGGAUUAUUAUAAAAAGAUAGACCCCCUUCAACUUUUAAACAUGGAGAACGAUUUUGAGCAUAGUGCUUCAAUUAUUAAGUAUCACCUCGCAGAAGGAGGAAAAAACGCUGCAAAAGUAGUUUUACAGCCUCAAUUGAUAUCUCCCAACGUGAUGGAUGAGGACUCGAAGUGUCUGGGCAGCUUUACGAGAACAAGUUUAUUUUCAAAGUUUAUUUAUAAGGCACUUCAGACAAGUAUUGAUCUCGAUGAGGGAACAUACAUAUAUGCACUAUUGCAUUUGAUUCAUGGCAUUUUGAGGGAUGAAGAGCUCGUAAACGGUCACGAAUCUAUCCCUGAUUGCUACAUUUCUAAACCUAUUUGCAAUUUGUUAUUAACAAUCGUUGAGUCCAAAUCUGGGGUAUUCUCUGAAAAUGUUAUUGCUAAAGCAGACUAUUUAUUGGAAAAUAUGAUUUGGAAGAAGCCGGCCGCGGUUUUGGAAUCAUUGGUGGCAUGUUUUGGUCAAAAUCAUGUAGAUGCUUACAAGGCAAGAAAGCUUAAUCAAGGUGUGAAUUUUGAAGAAAGCGAGAAAGAGAAGAAGAAGCGGUUAGCGAAAGCCCGUCAAGAAAGAAUUUUAGCCAAAUUUAGUAGGCAGCAAAAUAAGUUCAUGAAGGAGAACGAAUCCCAAUUUGCGAAUGACGGAAAUGAUGUCGAAAUGACAGAUCAGCACGGUGUGGAUACUCUCGAAGAGUUCACAUGUGCCCUAUGCCAAGACUCUACCUCGGUUGACUCAUUUGUCAUUCCUGUUUACCAUGAAAACUCCCCCAUUUUUAGAAAUGGGGAUAUUCAUAACGUUCAAGAAUUCGCGAAGCCUUGGCAUGGGUUUUAUAAUGAGUACGAUCAUCCAACAAUUCAUGAUGACGAAACUCUAGAGAAUUAUAGAGAAGAUGGCGCUCGCGGGUCUAAGAAAGUAUUUGUUUCCUGCAAUCAUUACAUUCACUAUAAAUGUUUUAAGCGUUAUGCGCAGAAAAAAAGAUUUUCAACUAAUUCCUUCAUCUGUCCUUUAUGUCAAACCUUUUCGAACUGCGUACUUCCAGUUUGUCGCAAUACUACCGCGGAUGACAUUAUGAAUCUGAGUGGCUUGAUAAGAAACACCAAUUCAGAAGACAACAUUGCAAAAAUACUGAAGACUGAUACUACCGAGGAUUUUAAUAACGUCUUCAAUAUGUUCCUUGAGAUAAACAAUAAGAACAUGAACUACGAUAGAAAUUGCAGUGCCUCACCAGAUUUUCAGCGCUCUGAUGUUUCGUUUAUUUUGGCAGUCCACUGGGCGAAUACAAUAUCGAUGGUAGAGGUAUCUACGAGAAUUAGUGAUCAUCCACACGAUGAUCUUCUAAAAGGAAAUGAGCAAAAAUUCAGAACAUUGAAGAAUGUUCUGGCUUCUAUUGCAUGGCUUUAUAAAGUUAUUGGCAAACCAAGCCCAGAUCACAUACCUUAUAUCAAUAAGAAUGGAGUUGUUUGGAAUCAGAAUCAAUUGUUUCAAUAUAUUGUGCGGACCUCUCUAUUUACUUCUUCUUCGAUUGCGGAUGUUAUUACUAAUGCUCUCUCUGUGUUUUCCAAGCAGCUGGUAGUUGACUUCACCAAAGGUAUGCUUCCUACUGCUAUCGAAAAAAUGCAUCGUACAGCAAGUGAUGAAGGUGUUCUCUUUGAAGUGAAUGAAAGUAUGUGGAUGUCCUUACGUAAGGUUUGCGACAUCGGUAUAAGCGACGCUGAUAUGAGUAAGAAGUUAUAUGAUCUCGCAUUUACUUGUUUGCUCAAAAAUAUUUUACCGACGCUGAGAAGAUGCUUGAUUUUCGUUAAAGUCAUGAGCAAUUUAGUUUUCGGUGAUGAAAAGAGGGUUGAGAUUGAUGAAAUAGGUCUGGAAUCCGACCUUGGCAGUUCAAAAGAUUUGCCGCAAUAUGUUGAUCAGAUAAUUAAACUAAUCACUACUUCAACUUCGCUACAAGAUAUUUUAUUGCAAUGCGUUGCAACCUCUAAUGCUCUCAAUGACCCAUAUUUGAGUGGCAUCCCCUACGAGUUUACAGGUGUCGUUAAAUUAGUUGAUCUUGCCAAAUACCUCAAUACUUAUGUUACUAAUUCGAAGGAGGUUAAACUGCGGGAUGAGCACCCACUUCACAUGAAAAACGUUGACAACAGGCUUGAUUUCAAAAUAUGUCUUGCCUGUGGGGUCAAAGUUCACCUCAGAUCUGACCAUACUGAGCUUGUCAAACAUUUGAUGAAGCAUUGCUUCAAGCCAUUUGGCUUGUUUUUGAUCCCCAACGUAAGUGAGGUGUGCAUGGUAUUAACAAACCCACGCUCGUCUAUUUCAAUUUCUGCACCAUACUUGAAUUCUCACGGAGAGUCUGGACGUAACGCAAUUCAACGUGGAGACUUAACUGUGUUAAACUUAAAGCGAUACGAGCACUUGAACAGGGUCUGGAUUAAUAAUGAAAUUCCAGGGUAUAUCAGUAGAAUCAUGGGUGACGAGUUUAGGGUUUCGAUCAUAUCCAAUGGAAUGGUCUUCAAUUUCAACCGAAAUGUCCUUAGAAGACCACGUCCGACUAAUAAUGAUGGCGAGGAUGAUGAAAGCAGUAGCAGCGAAGGCGAGGACGAUGACAUGGAUGGAACGGAAGAAAUGCGCUGGGAAUUUAGGCCGGAGGAUAUACUUGAAGAUGAUACCGUAUUUAGACUUGGUGGGGCAGCACCGGUUCAAGGCGGUGAUAUUAGAGACUUCUUCCAGUUCAUCACCAAUUUAAGAAAUGAAGCUGAUCUUCCUGACACUACAAUGGAAGCGGCAGGCGAGAAUAUAUUUGUGCCGCAAUUUCAGAUUCCCAGAUUUAGAGGCACAAAUCCGCCAACAGACGAUGAGGAAACUGAAAAUAAUGACGACGAUUUAAACGAAAGUGAUGCUUAG